AUGAAGACUUUCUCCAGGAUUAUUGCACUUUUCUCCUGCGCUUUUCUGUCUACAGCAGACGGGAGCGGCUGUGCGUCCAAACCUCCAGACUUCCCUUACGCCAAGCUGAUGAGCUACACCGCAGACAAAGCGCUGUACAAGUGCGUGGACGGGUACGUGCCUUCAGCGGGCAGCCGUGUGAGGACGUGUACGGGAGGCGUGUGGAGCGAGAUGAGCCUGCGCUGUGAGCAGAAAUCGUGUGGAAGUGCCGGAGAGCUGGUGAACGGUCACAUAAAGUAUGACGGAGAACCAGUGCUGGGAGCCAAAGCCUUUCCCAUCUGUGACACCGGAUUCACCCUGAAAGGACCAGAGUCUAUUGAAUGUGGGAGUGCAGGCUGGCCCACAGACCACGGGCUGGUGUUGACGUGUGAAGUUUCAGUAUCUGCGGUCGCCGUCAUGUGCCCGGCUCCUGAAGUGGCGAACUCGGUGAAGAAGGGCGUUACUCAUGACUACAAAGUCGGCGCCAUGGUGACCGUGGCCUGCAGCGCCGGGUUCGAGGCCAGAGGAGAGAGGAACGUCAAGUGUGGAGAUGACGGACAGUGGCAGCCCCCUCUUCCACAGUGUGUGCCCAGGGCAGCCACGACCAAAGCUGCGGUCGCCGCCAUGUGCCCGGCUCCUGAAGUGGCGAACUCGGUGAAGAAGGGCGUUACUCAUGACUACAAAGUCGGCGCCAUGGUGACCGUGGCCUGCAGCGCCGGGUUCGAGGCCAGAGGAGAGAGGAACGUCAAGUGUGGAGAUGACGGACAGUGGCAGCCCCCUCUUCCACAGUGUGUGCCCAGGGCAGCCACGACCAGCAGAUGUGGCGUUCCAGAAACCCCACGAGGCUCCAAUGUCCAGCUGGCCCCAAAGUUCUUCUCCAUCGAGUCUUUUGCCGCUGGUGCCAAAGUGUAUUACUUGUGCGGCGUGGGGCACGUCCGCGAUCAGGGCUCAAAGUAUCGCAAAUGCAUCAGAGGACAGUGGUCGCCGCUGGAACUACAGUGCAGACGAAGACUGUGUGGUUCUGCGGGCGAAAUCCACAAUGGUCGUUAUAUCUACACUGGAGUUGAAUUUGGAGACAUAGCGACUGCUAAGUGUGACUCUGGGUUUCAGCUGGUGGGACAAGCUACGAGAAACUGUCUGUCUCGAGGCUGGGAUGGACAUGAUCCUCUAUGUGAAGAGUUGUCUUGUGAAGACCCCCCUGAAGUGCCCAAUGCAGAGGUCGUGGGCUUUGCAGAGGCUCCAUACAGUCCCAGGACUGUAGUGACGUACCGCUGCCAGGUGGGGGUGCUCAUUGGCCCCUCUGACAUCUGGUGCACGGACAACGGCACAUGGAGCUCCCCUCUGCCUCAGUGCAAAGUUUGGAACGGCUACAGAAGAGGAUAA